UCCCCGCCUCGGCUGCGCUCGGGGUUUUACUGCAGUAGCCGGAGGUGACAGGGACGCCUUAGCCUCCCGGGCAGCUCUCAGAAGCCGGCUUCCCCGGCAUCCCCAAGGUCCUGCGCCUGCGAGGCCGGUCCCGGGGAGUGCCACAAGCCGCCGAAAACCCCAAUUUGAAAAUGUGGAAGUCGCAGGGCUGCAUUCCUCCCGGGACCAGCCCGGGCGCCCCGCGCUGACAGCGGCGGGCAGCCUGUGGGUAGUUGGGACCGUACAGCAAAGGGGGAGGGGAGUGGCGCAGCCUCGUUCGCUCUGCAAGGAGUCGCUGGAGCAGUGCGGUUGGACACAAGUUUGCGUGGGAGUGUUUUCCUUUUGUCAAUAAUUAAUCGGUCUGGCAGAAUUGGAGUUUUGGCAAUAGUGCGGGCGGCGGGGCCGAACACCCAACUCUGGGAAGCUCUGAGGCGCCCGGGCGCAGGGGGAAGCUCGCCGCGUCUGGAGAGGCGCCAACGCGUUGGUGCUCCACUAAGCCGCAGAGAGGUACACCCACCCCGAGAUGAAGAAACAGCAGCCCCGGGAGGAGAAGUAACCCAGAAAUAUUCCGUGGAGGAGCAAGAACAAGAAUCCAAGCCUGGACCCUCCUAGGCAGGACAGACUUUCUGCAGCUUGAAGGAGCCAACCAUGGAUUUCAGGCGUGUGAAGGACUAUUUCUCCUGGCUCUACUACCAAUACCAAAUCAUCAGCUGCUGUGCUGUCUUGGAGCCCUGGGAGCAAUCCAUGUUCAAUACCAUCUUGCUAACCAUUUUUGCUAUGGUGGUGUAUACUGCCUAUGUUUUCAUCCCAAUCCACAUCCGCCUGGCUUGGGAAUUUUUCUCCAAAAUGUGUGGCUACCACAGUACACUUUCGAAUUGAUCUUGGUUGCAUUCUGUGAAUCCGCAGUGCACAUGUGUAUGUCGCUUACAACUCCUUGUUUUAGGUGAUUACCGUGUCUUCUUUCCCUUUCUGAUCUAAAAAGCUCUCACUUCUCUAUGCACUCUUAGGUCCUGCCUGAAAUUUGAGAGAGAUGCCUCUUUAGGUUCUUUUGUACAUGUUACAUUGUGCAUCAGACCAAGAUAGUACAAUGACCUUACCUCACGUACCAUAUUUUCUCAAUUUAAAUCUAUGACUUUAGUGUGUGUUUUUUUAAUCAGAAAAUUUCAUAUAAAAUUUUUUCUGGAAAGUAGGCUCAUGAGACCUAUCAGAAUCGUGUUUAAAAUAUUUGCUCCCUUGAUACCUAUUCUAUACUAAAGGAUAUAUUUUUUAAAAUGUGUUCAUAGGCUACUGUCAAAAGUAUCAGAUCCUUGUUUACAAUAUAAAGAUGUGAAAAAAUUAUAUGGGCCCCCUAAAGUAUUGGUUUUUUUACUCAACUACUGAUACCUAAAAUUCUUUUACUUCAAGUGCAAAAGAAUAGGCUGGAGGCAAAUAUCUGCUUUCAGACAUGGUUCCUGAAUCGUUUCAAAUGCCUCUAAAAGUUGGGCUUUUAUAACAAUUUAAAAUCAACAAUGUUGAUUUUAGAUAACCCAAUAAGUAUUACAAUACAAAAUAUUUUUUACAUAUAAGAAACAAAAUAUAAUCAGAGUAAAUUCAGACAUUGUGACUGUGAUGUUGUCUUGCCUUCCAUGAUGCUGGAGGCGGUGGGGGGCGGGGGGAGCGGAGAGAGAAAAGAAAUUGCUUUUUUUCUGUGCUUUCACUCAGUGGAGUGGGGAGCAUGUAUUGGGCUACAGGAAGAAAAGCUAAUAAAUAGGCUGGAAGUAAUAUUCCACCAGCAGGAACUCGACAGCUCCAGUUAAACACUCCUUUGCAGAGCAAAAUCAAGAUUUAUUAAAUUUCCUUCAAAGUGUUCAUUUUAAAAACAAUUGCUGCCCUAGCUGGUUUGGCUCAGUGGAUAGAACAUCAGCCUGGGGACUGAAGGGUCCCAGGUUCAAUUCUGGUCAAGGGCACAUGCCCGGGGUUGCGAGCUCAAUCCCCAGUAGGGGAUGUGCAGGAGGCAGCCAUUCAAUGAUUGCUUGCCUCUCUCAUCUUUGAUAUUUCUAUCUCUCUCUCCCUCUCCAUUCCUCUCUGAAAUCAAUAAAAAUAUAUAUAUUUAUUUAAGAAAAUAAAAAACAAUUGUACAUUUUAAUUAUACUGCUGAAUCAGAUGUGAAUGCCAAAGAUCAAGCAUUGCAAUUUUUCUUUCCUCUCAAUAAAUAUCAAUAUUAGUGAUACUGGAGGGUAAAAGUAUAAAUAGUUUUUAGAUAAUAUUUGCACCCUUGUUUGUGUUAUGGAGAAAAAAAAUUUCCAAAAAGAGCUAGAAAGAUGUUUGGCAUGCCAAAUUAACUUGCAUGUUGGUUUUCAAAAACACACACAAGCACAUGGUUUGAAAAUAAACCAGAUCUGACAUGUACUUGUUGAUUUUUGCAAAAUAAAAUUAGGUUUAAUUUUAUAAAUAAAAUAUCCACUUCA